AUGUGCUGCUUCUCUCCUUGCAGAAUGAUCAUCCUUCUUGCCUAUAUUGGCUUCUUCUUCUGUAUCCAACCUGAUACGGUUUCUAGUCUUAGAAGCAUGGAUCUUGCACUUAGAUUACCGCAGGCUGAAUUCUUGUUUAAGAGAAGCUCACGUAUUCUGAGCACUGUGGGCUUGGAAGAUAUGCCUGUGCAGCAGAAUUUAGCCCCUUCACCUGCAAUGAUGUUUGAUCCCAACCAGUCGGACAAACGAAGAGUUCGAAGAGGUUCAGACCCUAUUCAUAACAGGUGCUGA